UAAUCCAAAAUUCCAAACUGUGGUCUCUCCAGUUUGCAUUCAUAUUGCACACUGAACAAUUAUUUUAAGGGACAAAAAAAGAAAUCAACAAAUGGAUGGGAGAGAACAACAUUUUCAAUCUCUGAGCAUUUGCCAAAGGCUCUACAACAUCAUCUCGAGAAGCCUAGCCUAUCAAACCGUCAAGACUGUGACUUUAGGCCCUCCAAUGAAGCAAGGCUUAGCCCAACUGCACGAUGAAUCAAUGCCUCAAAAAACUUCGGGAAGGAGACCAGAAGAGGAAACACAUGAAGCAGCAACAAUUGCACAGCAAGCAAAACCUCCAAAGAAAACGGUUAGCAUAUGCGACAGGGUAGAGGAUAUGGAGAAAGCUAUGAAGUUAAGACGAAGGAGCAAAUCGUUUGAAAAGUUGAACUGGUUAGAGCAAGCAAAAGAGGAGCUAAAACAAAAACCUUUAAGAUCAAUUCUGAAGGUUGAUUCUGGUUUGAGCAAGAAGAUGGCACAUAUUUGUGAAUCUUAACUACAUCAACUCAAGGCCUUGUAGGGUUGUGUUAGUUCUCUCUGUUGUAACUUGUAAAUGUAAAUAUACGAUGUAACCAAAUGCUCAUGCUACAGUUCUUCAACUAGCCAACAUAGGCAAACAUAAUUGAAUUAUACAAGUUGAAUCAGAUAUUAUCAUCUAUUGUGUAUAUAUACGUAAUGGGAGAUUCUCCAA